UACGAGAAAGCUUGGCAAUCGAAGGAGAACGGAAUCGUUCGUCUCUCUUCCAAAGAAUACUUCUCGGGCGAUCUCACGAAUCUCGCUCGGCGUCUCUGUCAAUCCAUUCCCUGUCUUCUUCUUCUUCUUCUUCUUCUUCUUCUUCCACCAGCUCUGGACAAUCAGAGAGCGAGAGAUGGCGGGGAGAGAGAGAGAGGCGGCGGAGAAGAAGGAGGUUAUUCGACUGGAGCGCGAGUCGGUGAUUCCGGUCCUGAAGCCGAAGCUCGUCAUGACCUUGGCCAAUCUCAUCGAGCAUAGUUCUGACCGUGCUGAGUUUUUAAAGCUGUGCAAGAGAGUUGAAUAUACAAUUCGAGCCUGGUAUCUUCUGCAGUUUGAGGACUUAAUGCAACUUUACUCUCUCUUUGAUCCUGUGCACGGGACUCAGAAGCUGCAACAGCAAAACCUACCUUCUGAAGAAGUUGAUGUACUUGAGCAAAAUUUUCUUUCUUACUUGUUUCAGGUUAUGGAUAAGAGCAACUUCAAAAUUACUACGGAUGAGGAAAUUGAUGUUGCACUUUCUGGCCAGUAUCUCCUUAAUCUUCCAAUUAAAGUCGAUGAAUCUAAGCUUGACAAGAAGCUUCUGAAAAGAUACUUUGCAGAGCAUCCUAAAGAAAAUCUUCCAGAUUUUGCAGAUAAGUAUGUUAUAUUCAGACGCGGCAUCGGGAUAGACCGAACAACAGAUUACUUUUUCAUGGAGAAAGUGGACAUGAUCAUCUCACGUAUUUGGGCAUUUAUUUUGAAACUAACCAGGAUUGAGAAACUUUUGUCUAGAAAUUCGAGUGCACGCCGUAAGCAAGAUCCAAAGAAGAAUGAUGAAAUUGUGACUGAAGGAGAGCAGGAUGACCUACAUGUGGAACGAAUUCGCAUAGAAAAUAUGCCUAUAAGUUUUCGCAAUCUUCGAAGCAAGAUUACUAUCCAAGAACCCACCUUUGAUAGGAUAAUUGUUCUUUACAGGCGCUCAAGUUCCAACGUGAAAGAUGGAAGAGGAAUAUAUGUAAAGCAUUUCAAAAACAUUCCAAUGGCAGAUAUGGAGAUAGUACUUCCUGAAAAAAAAAAUCCUGGGCUGACUCCAAUGGACUGGGUGAAGUUUCUUGCCUCUGCUGUAGUUGGUCUGGGUGCUGUAGUUGGUUCUCUUGAAAUGCCUAAAGCUGAUCUAUGGGUCAUUUUUGCCGUGCUUUCUACAGUGAUAGGUUACUGUGCAAAAACGUACUUCACAUUUCAGCAAAAUAUGGCUGCAUAUCAGAACUUAAUUACCCAAUCCAUGUAUGACAAACAACUUGACAGUGGGAAGGGGACUCUUUUGCACCUAUGUGAUGAUGUGAUCCAACAGGAAGUCAAAGAGGUGAUUGUGUCAUACUUCAUAUUGAUGGAACAAGGAAAAGCUACUACACAGGAUUUGGAUAUACGAUGUGAAGAGCUAAUAAAAGAAGAGUUUGGUGAGAGCUGCAAUUUUGAUGUGGAUGAUGCAGUCGAGAAACUAGAGAAAUUAGGCAUCGUAGCUCGGGAUUCUAUCGGAAGAUACUAUUGUGUAGGCCUCAAACGUGCUAAUGAGAUCAUUGGAACUACGACAGAGGAACUUGUCCUCAAGGCAAAACAGAACGCAAAUCCUUCCUGAUGGUAUUGAAGGUGGGUCUCCGCUGCAAUGCAAUCACAUUAAACCAAGAGAGUCGAACCUUUGGAGUUGUUUACGUGUAUGCGAGUUAGUUCUCAAACCUUUCGGGAUAAAAGGAAGCCUCAGCGGCCGCUUAUACUUGAUAUCCACUUGCUAUCCGGAGUGUUCAUUUGUUCGUUUAAUAGUGUAAUUAUUCUUAUCCUACGGUAUCAUUCUUAUCUUUGUUAUUGUUAUUUGAAACUCGCGAUUUACGAGUGUUCGGCUGCUUUUUACAUUCCAGCAGGACUAAUUAGUCAUAAUUUCGUAAAGCACGAUAUUCCCCUAUUA